CCCACUUGGUUUUGAAGUCACCCAUCAUCGCUGUCCACCCGCUUUGCCAUCCUAAACAAGUUGGAUCGGACUGGAUAGGAGGCGCGCCGAACUGAACCUGCCGGAAAACACAGCCGGAGCUUUUCGUAUUCCGCCAGAAUCAGUUACAAACUCUUCCAGCUAGGUACUUAAUCCAUCUUGAUUAAUUUUUGAAUGAAUGGAUAUGAGGAUUUCAUCAGCAACUUGCAAUUCCAACGUGUUUAAGUUCAGUGGCUUUUUUCACAAAGCACUUCCUAGAAGAAUCAAAUAUGGAAAACAAAAUUGUAGAAAUUUAUCCAUAGGUACAUCAACAACUUCUUUAACUGUUCAGUCCCCUACAUUUACAGCGUUUGCUUCACCUGCCGAUGUUCCUCAACGUUCCGACGAGUGGUUCGCCCUUCGUAAGGACAAACUAACAACCAGCACGUUUAGUACCGCGUUAGGGUUUUGGAAAGGUUCGCGCCGUUCUGAGCUCUGGCGAGAGAAAGUGUUUGCUUCCGAAUCACAAAUCAUUCAAGCUUCUCAAAGAAACGCAAUGGCGUGGGGAAUGUUGAAUGAGACGGUGGCUGUUGAGAAUUAUAAAAAGAUAACUGGCCGCGAGGUGAGUUCGAUGGGUUUUGCGGUUCAUUCGAAGAAGUCUUAUGAUUGGCUUGGUGCCUCGCCGGACGGCGUUUUGGGUACGGGAAUAUUGGAAGUCAAGUGUCCUUAUAAUAAGGGUAAGCCUGAGACGGGUUUGCCGUGGUCGACGAUGCCGUUCUAUUAUAUGCCUCAAGUUCAAGGUCAAAUGGAGAUUAUGGAUUUUGAAUGGGUUGAUUUGUAUUGUUGGACGCCGAAUGGAAGUACUAUAUUUCGUGUCAUCAGGGAACGUGGAUAUUGGGACAUAAUACAUGGGAUUCUUAGAGAGUUUUGGUGGGAAAAUGUGAUUCCGGCGAGGGAAGCUUUGUUGCUGGGGUGUGAAGAACAGGUGGAGUCUUAUAAACCUGCAUCUACUCACAAAUUGACUGGUUUAGCAAUUGCGAAAAGCAUCAAGUUAGCUAGUGAAUCGAAGCUAAUAUGCAGAGAAAUUGCAGAAGAGUUUUUUUCACGUGAGAAACAGAGAAGCUGCAGAGAAGAGGAAGAAGGGCAAAGAGCCGAAAAGCACGGUUGAGGAACGGAGAAGCUAAAGCUUAGAGAUUUGCCGGAUUAUAUCAGGUAACGAGCAGUGAGUUGAGUAGGAGCUAGUGCUUGAAGUCUAGUGUGGUUAGAGGGUCAUGCUCUGAUAGAUGUAACAUCAGGACGGGAUGUUUGAAUUGUCGAAUAAAUGUUAAUUUUGAUGAAUUACAGAUGUUGAAAUAUUUUAUCCGCUGCGUAUUGUUAAAGAAGUUUUUAUGUCGAAUAAAAUUGAGUAUGACUGCUUUUAUGUUGAAUUAUGUGAAGAAGUUGUUAUGUGACA